AUGAGUGGUAAAUUUGUUCGUGCUUCUAAAUAUAGACACGUUUUUGGUCAAGCUGUUAAAAGAGAAUUGCAAUAUGAAAAUAUAAAAGUGACUAAUAAUGCUUGGGAUUCCAAUAUCAUUAAGACAAACGGAAAAUUUAUUUCUGUUAAUUGGAAUGCGUCUGGUGGUGGUGCCUUCGCAAUUGUGCCAGUUGAAGAGGUGGGUAAAGCACCAGAUCAGGUACCACUUUUCAGAGGACACACUGCACAAGUAUUAGAUACUGAUUUUGAUCCAUUUGAUGACCACAGAGUUGCUUCUGUGUCCGAUGAUUCAAAAAUCGCUAUCUGGGAAAUUCCAAAGGAUUACUCCUUCCACAAUUAUUUAAAUGAGGAUGGUGAACCAAAGGAUAUUAAACCAAUUAAAAUUAUGUCCGGCCAUACUAAGAAAGUAGGCCAUGUUUUGUUCCAUCCUGUAGCUAAAGAUAUUUUAGCGACAUCAUCUUUGGAUUAUUCAGUCAGAAUAUGGAAUGUGGAGACAGGCGACAAUAUUUUUACUUUGAAACAUCCUGAUAUGGUCACUUCUAUGUCAUUUUCUUACAAUGGGUCUCAUUUGGCCACUGUAUCUCGUGACAAAAAAUUGAGAGUAUGGGAUAUUAGGGCGGAGAAGGUUGUCAGUGAAGGUUCAGCCCAUCAAGGUGCCAAAAAUCAAAGAGUUGUUUGGUUAGGUAACUCUGACCGUUUGGCUACUACUGGUUUUUCUAGAUUAAGUGAUCGUCAAAUAGGUAUUUGGGAUGCAUUCAAUUUAGAAAAAGGUGACUUAGGUGGAUUUUACACUGUUGAUCAAUCCUCAGGUAUCUUAAUGCCUUUCUUUGAUGAUAGUAACAAAAUAUUAUACAUUGCUGGUAAAGGUGAUGGUAACAUUAGAUACUAUGAAUUUGUUGACGUUAAAUCAAAUGAAGUAUUGAAGUGUUACAAGACAGUUAUUGAUCAGACCAUUGAACCUGUUUCAUUUUAUGUUCCAAGAAGAUCUGAGGAGUUUCAAGAUGAUAUUUACCCAGACGCGCCAUCUGAUCAACCUGCUUUGACUGCCGAAGAGUGGAGGUUGGGUAAAGACGUUGACGGACCGAUAUUAGUAAGUAUGAGAUCUAUUUAUGAAGGUACUGCACCAACUUUUCAUAAAUCUACAAAACUAGCAAAAUCCAAGCCAGUAACAAAGGGAGAUGAAAAGCUUUCCAUGGAAACAAAAACUGAUGAAAAACCUCAGUCAUCAACUACUACCACCACUACUUCUUUUACUUCUGCUACUACUGCCUCAAGUCCCUCUGUAAAAGUACCUACUGUUAAUAAUACUGUUCAUAGUGAAAGUUCUACUCCAACUACAUUAAGUGACAGUUUAAAAUCAAAUUCUUCGGUCGAUAAACUUUUACAAAAAUCCAGUAAUAUUGAUCAAGAUAAUGCUGCAGAAGACCCAUCUAGAGAUACAUCUGGAUGGGAUGAAGAAGAUGAGAGACCUGCCACCCCUGAAUUACCAGUAGAAAGAAAAGAAAGCGUUUUAACUAAUCCAAUUGAAAGUCCACCAAAACAAGAUGGACCAAAGAACAGUAAGCCUGAGCCAACAUCUAUUGCUACAGAUGUUAUUAAUAAAAUCACUAAGAAAGAAGACAUCAAACCAGAGGAUAAGACAAAAAAACAAGAAGAAAACAACAUCCACUCCUCUACACAUUCUGUUAAGUCCAUGGGUUUAAAACAAUCCGUGGAAACUUUAUCAAAUUUGGUGUUGAAACUGGAACAAAUUGUGGAAAAUUUAACAGCUUCUAAUCUUGAAAAGGAUGAAAGACUAAAAGCAUUUGAAGAAAAGAUUGAAGCUUUGAUAAAUGAAAAGAAAUAA